AUGGCGACGAUUGGAAAAAUUUAUGUUUUUGAUGAAAUCCAAGAAAGCUGGGAGAGGUAUGUUGAACGAGUACAACAUUUUUUCGCUGCAAACGAUGUCGACGACAAUCAUCAAGUGCCAACUCUGCUGAGUUUGAUUGGAAGCAAAACGUAUUCAUUAUUAAAGGAUUUACUUUUGCCAGAAAAGCCUGCAGACAAGAACUUUGAUGAAAUAGUAAGUACAUUACAGAAGCAUUUAAAUCCUAAACCACUAGAAAUAGCCGAACGGUUUCGUUUUUAUAAGAGAAAUCAGCAAGAAGGGGAGAGCAUUUUAAGUUAUAUAGCUGAGUUAAAGAAAUUAACCACACAUUGCAAUUUUGGAAGUAACUUGGAAGAAACCUUGCGCGACAGAUUGGUGUGUGGAUUAAGUAAUCAGCAAAUUCAGAAACGUCUCCUUGCAGAGUCGAAAUUAAAAUUCUCCAAAGCUGUUGACAUAGCAGUUGCUAUGGAAACAGCCACUCGAGAUGCUACAGAGAUCCACAGCAAGGGUAGAGAAGAAAAACCUCUUGGUCUUGACAAACUGACACUGAACAGACCCUCGAAUAGAUCAGAUAGGGGCCCACCUUCCCCUGUAGUGUGUUAUCGAUGUGGAGCUAAUACCCAUGUUGCAACUGAGUGUAGAUUUAAGAAAGAAGUCUGUCACAAGUGUGGAAAGAGAGGUCAUAUUCAAAGAGCUUGCCGGGCACAACAAAGCCAGGGGCCCGGUAGACCCUCGCCCAGAUCAAGAUACCAAAAAUCGACCAAUGCCAUAGAGACCGAACCAGAUGAGUAUGAACACUUGUUGAAUAACCUAGAAGUUCAUAAUGUAAACAAAUCAAACAGUGAUGUCAUAUGGGUUGACGUGAAAGUUGAAAAUCAACCACUAUCCAUGGAACUAGACACAGGAUCGGCCGUGUCCAUUUUGCCAUAUGACAUGUUCUUGGAAAGAUUUCGCGACAAGAAGUUAGAGAAAACAACCACCGUACUAAAGACCUAUACUGGUGAACUGAUCGUUCCAGUUGGUUGCCUUACCAUGCAAGUUGAAUACUUAGAUCAAUCAUGUCUAUUGCCACUCCAUGUAGUCCAGACUAAGGGUCCU